AUGGGUGUUUGUAUGAGCCAAGAAGAAGAAAUUCGACAUCUGACAUUGAAUGCUGCUCCUAAUUAUGCCAGAAAAGAGAAAGAGGAACCCCCACUUGCACCAGAACAUACCAUCUACAAUUAUGAUAGCAAUAAGAAGGAUCGCGAAAAACUGGCGAUACUCAGCUGUCCUCAUUCCGUGGGUUUUCAUCCGGAUCGUCUUGCCAUUGUCGAUUUAGACGAAAAUAGCGAAAAUUACUGCAAGGUGAGGGCCUUACCGCAAUUUCUGCUAAUUCUUAUUGAAAAUUAAUU